AUGGAUUACGACGAUUAUGUGGAUGAGACGAAUUCGAUCGAUGGGAUGGACUAUGAUCUGCGUGAGGACAUGGACAGCACGGUGGCAUAUGCGGUUCAGCUAGCCAUGAAGGAUAAGGAGGAACGGUUGGUGGAUCAAGCCUUGGAACGGAUACGACGCGCUCAAAAGCAGGGCCAGAAGAACGUACGACUAUCGGGUCGGGAAAUGGAAGCGCUGGAGCGCAAGCGCAUGCAGGCAAACCGGACCCCUGAUCACGAUUACCGGAAUACAAGUCCCCAGGUUUCUCCCGGUGGCAGCCGAUCCUCGAAGCCGCCGGACAGCCCCAGCAGCAAAAGGGGAGCGCAGCGGAGCGGGUCCAAUGCCUCGACAGCGCACAAGCAUAGCAUGCCCUCACCAUUAGCCGAAAACAACGCUGCUUAUGCGUUCUGGGCCUGGACCUCGGGGGCCUCUGGCGGAUCCCCAGCUUCUGCACGUUCGCCAUCUGCCCGCACGCCUACAAGCCAAGCACCGCCUCGAUCCCCACUUCAGCCAGCCUACGCCUUCGACCGUCUGGCUUCAGUCCCCCAGAUUCGCACACCGGCGGGCGUGAAGAGUCCCUCUGUGCGUUCCCUCCCUGAUGAUCCACAGUGGGCGCCUCCGUACCCUCCGCCGUAUACAAGAGAACCGCCUCCGUACCCGACCGAUCGUCGGCGCCCCGAGCCAACUUCAUACAUGUCAGGCUACCGCAGCGUCUUUAACGAUUCUGCUCGUAGCAACAGGCGAGGUGUGACUGCUAUGCCGGGGGCUGCGACGGAGGAGCGUCUCAGUCCAGAGGAAGAAGAGGAGCAAGGAAAUAGUUCCGAUGACAGCGCCAUGGUUGAGCGCCGCGUGGCUGGCGGUACGCCGACACGGGGACCAAUCGGGCGAGGCAGUCGUCCCCGGAGCAGUCGACCUUGA